GCAACACUACACAAACACAGUUACAAUUGAAUAAAAUUAUGCUGUCUAGCCUAGUAGUUUUUUCCUUUCUUUUAUGUUUAACUCUGGAUGUUUCACAAGCGAAAUUAUGUCGGGAUAUAAGUGGCCGUUGGGUCAACAAGCUAGGAUCAGAGGUGGUGUUAGAUCACUUACAAAGCGGUGUACUACAAGGACAAUACUAUACCGCUGUCAGUGUGUCAGCUGGUAAACUUCUUGGUCAUGAUAUACUUGGAACAUUACCAUACAACAAGCCGGGCUCUUCUUUUGCGUUUUCUGUCACCUGGCAAAAUGGUAGUUCAACAACAGUGUGGACAGGUCAAUGCAUGGUGUGUAAUGGCAAAGAAAUGUUGGAAACAUCAUGGCUUUUAAGAUCUCAUGUUGAUUCUUGUUUUGACAAAUGGAAGUCAACAAGGAUAGGAAAAGAUGUCUUUGAAAGAAAAAUGACAACAGUUGGCACUCCUGAAGAAAAUUUGAGAAUUGUGGCAGGAAAUUCCAUUGGACACAAGUGUGAUCUACGUGGUGUUUGGUAUAAUGGAGUUGGUUCUGAAAUUAUCCUUAACCAAACUGAAAGUGGAAUAAUAAGUGGUGAAUACCGAACAGCAGUUGAACGAGAUAAAGGCAGCGCUGGACAGUCGCACUCGGCUAUUUAUGGCUUUGGUAGAUUUGCACAUCCGAACACAACAUUUUCUCUGAUAGUUGUUUGGAGAGAUGGAGCAUCGGUGACAGGAUGGGUUGGACAAUGUCACAUUUGUGAAAACAACACUGCAAUACUUGAAAUGAAUUGGUUGUUGAGGAGCAAAGUUGAUAGUUGCAUUGAUGUCUGGAAAUCAACUAUGUAUGGUGCGAAUACUUUCACACGUCAUGAACAGAAGUCAGGACCAAGGAAAUCUCUUGGUAAACACACACCAAACCGCGAUGGUGAAGAUGUUGGUGGCACAUCAUGUUUAAAGUUUUCAGGAAUUUUGCUUGUUGCAAUUCUAUUUCCAAUGUGGACCUUGAUCAACCUAUCCUUUCCUUAGCAUGUCCAGUUGAGUUUGCACAUCAUAUUUCAAAAAAUAUAACAAAUUGUAAACAAACAGUUAACAUUACGACUGGACAUUAUGACUUUUAAAGUUUAUAUUCACUUUAUUGAAAAUUAUAAGUUUCUUGCUUUUAACAGUAUGAUAUAUAUUUAGGAUAUAGAACAAAUUAUUAUUUAUGAGACGAAAGAUUAUUUUUUCAUAUAGCUGCUUAAUUUAAUUUAUUUAGUUAGGUAGGUUAGGAUUAAUGAUUUAGGCCAUAUGGUUUAGUUAAUAAUUCUUAAACCUUUUUGUAUUUAAAACUGGCUAUGAAAAUGAUGAACACAUCUGCU